ACGCCAUGCCAGCCACCAACCAGGGCUGGCCCGAGGACUUCGGCUUCCGGCUAGGCGGCUCCGGCCCCUGCUUCGUCCUGGAGGUGGCCAAGGGGAGCAGCGCGCACGCCGGGGGGCUGCGACCGGGGGACCAGAUUCUGGAGGUGGAGGGGUUGGCCGUGGGCGGCCUGAGUCGAGAGCGCCUCGUGCGCCUGGCGCGGCACUGCCCGCGCGUGCCACCCAGCCUCGGCGUGCUUCCGGGCCCCGACGGCGGCCCAGCCCAAGCAUCUGGCCCGGCUGCGUUGACCCCAGCCUUGCGGACCCAGCGGUCUGGCCACAGCCUAGCUCUGGGUCGCGAGCUGCUACGCUUAGUCGGCGGCAAGCGCCCUGACGCAGUGCACCGAGAGCGCAGACGCAAGGCCCUGGAGUUCAGCCGCAAGGUGGAUGAAAUCUUGGGGGACCAGCUGACUGCCAAGGAGCAGGUAUUUGCUGCAUUGAAGCAGUUUGCAACUGAGCAGCGAGUGGAUGACCUGGUGUGGGCUCUCACCCUGGCACUGCCCCGAGAGGCCUACUGGCCACUCUUGGACAACCUCAGGAUCUUCAUCCCGAAGAAGCACCGAGCGCGCUUCGACGAGGUGGUGUCGCAGGGGCUGCUGGGCAAACUGUGCCGCGCGCGGCGGGCUCAGGGCGCGCAAAGACUGCGCCGGAGCCGAAGCGAGGAGCGGCCCGAGCGCCUCCUGGUGUCCACGCGCGCUAGCGCCCCGCCGCGCCGCCCGGACGAGCCGCCCCGGCGCAAGGCCGCCUCGCUGGUGGGCGGCCGCGCAGGCCCAGGGGGCGUGCGAAGGACUGUCCGAGUCUACAAGGGCAACAAGAGCUUCGGCUUCACCCUUCGUGGCCACGGGCCUGUCUGGAUCGAGUCUGUCCUGCCUGGGAGCCCAGCUGACAAUGCUGCCCUCAAGUCAGGUGACCGGAUCCUCUUUCUCAACGGACUGGAUAUGAGGAACUGCUCCCACGACAAGGUGGUAUCCAUGCUGCAGGGGAGUGGAGCAAUGCCUACACUGGUUGUGGAGGAAGGGCUCAUCCCAUUUACCAGCGACUCUGAUUCUUUGGAUUCCCCCAACCCAUCAUCAGCGCUCACCUCCCUGCAGUGGGUGGCGGAGAUCCUACCAUCCAGCAUUCGAGUCCAAGGACGGACCUUCAGCCAGCAGCUAGAACAUCUGCUCACACCUCCUGAGCGCUAUGGGGUCUGCCGGGCCCUGGAGAGCUUCUUCCAGCACAGAAACAUUGACACCCUCAUUGUUGAUGUCUAUCCUGUUCUGGACACACCUGCCAAGCAAGUCCUUUGGCAGUUUAUUUAUCAGCUGCUGACCUAUGAGGAGCAGGAGCUCUGUCAGGAGAAAAUUGCAUGCUUCCUGGGCUACUCAGCCAUGACAGCAGAACCAGAGUCUGAGCUGGACCUGGAGCCUGAGCCUGACCUGGAACCAGAGCCUACUCCUGAGCUCCAGCCACGGAGCUCCCUGAGAGGCUCCUCAAUGUGCCACCGCAGCCUUCGGUCCCAGGGCAUGGAAGCUGGCCUCAGCUGCGGUCCUGGUGACUGCCCUGAGAUGCCUCUUCCUCUGAUCCCAGGCGAGCGCCAGGCAGGUGAUGGCACAUCCUUACCUGAGACUCCCAAUCCCAAAAUGAUGUCAGCCGUCUAUGCAGAGCUUGAGUCUCGUCUGAACAGCAGCUUCAAAGGGAAAAUGGGGACUGUGUCCAAAUCCCGGGCAUCCCCACCAGGCCCCAGCCCAGCAGUCACUGCAGGACCCAGGACCCUGUCUGGCAUCUCGUGGCCCAGUGAGCGGAUCCUGCCCUCCCCCUGCUACCACCCGCUGUGCUCAGGGGCCUUGGCCUCCCCCAGCAGUUCCGAGUCCCACCCCUAUGCCAGCCUGGACAGCAGCCGGGCACCUUCCCCACAGCCAGCCCCUGAGAGCCCCACUAGCCCAGACCCUGGCCGCCCACCCAGCCACAGGAAGCUCUUCACCUUCUCUCGGCCCAUGCGAAGCCGAGAUACAGAUCGCUUCCUGGAUGUAUUAAGCGAGCAGCUGGGUCCUCGGGUCACCAUCGUGGAUGAUUUCUUGACCCCCGAGAAUGACUACGAGGAGAUGAGCUUCCAUGAUGACCAGGGCAGCUUUGUAACCAAUGAACGGAGCAGCGCUAGCGACUGUGUCAGCAGCAGCGAGGAAGGCAGCUCCUUGACCUAUUCCUCCAUCUCUGAUCAUAUCCCUCCACCCCCACUCAGCCCCCCACCACCGCCACCCCUGCCUUUUCAUGACCCCAAGCCCAGUUCCCGCACCUCUGAUGGGCCCCGGGGCCCCACUCAGGCACUGGCAAAGCCCCUUACCCAACUCAGUCACCCAGUCCCUCCACCACCCCCACCACCCUUGCCCCCACCCGUGCCCUGUGCCCCUCCCUUGCUAUCGCGGGGCCUGGGUCACAGGCGCAGUGAGACCAGCCACAUGAGUGUCAAGCGCUUGCGGUGGGAACAGGUGGAGAAUUCAGAAGGCACCAUCUGGGGUCAGCUUGGGGAAGACUCUGACUACGAUAAGCUGAGUGACAUGGUGAAAUACCUUGACCUGGAGCUCCACUUUGGCACCCAGAAACCUGCUAAGCCGAUACCCAGGCCCGAGCCCUUCAAGAAGAAGGAGGUGGUGGAGAUCCUGUCCCACAAGAAGGCCUACAACACCUCCAUCCUCUUGGCUCACCUGAAGCUGAGCCCGGCGGAGCUGCGGCAGGUGCUCAUGAACAUGGAGCCUGGGCGCCUGGAGCCCGCGCAUCUGGCACAGCUACUGCUCUUCGCACCCGACGCCGACGAGGAACAGCGCUACCAAGCUUUCCGCGAGGCGCCGGGACGCCUCAGCGAACCCGACCAGUUCGUCCUGCAGAUGCUUUCGGUUCCCGAAUACAAGACCCGUCUGCGCAGCCUCCACUUCCAGGCCACUCUACAAGAAAAGACAGAAGAAAUCAGAGGCAGCCUCGAGUGCUUGCGCCAGGCCUCCCUUGAGCUCAAGAACAGCCGGAAGCUCGCCAAAAUCCUGGAGUUUGUGUUGGCCAUGGGAAACUAUCUUAACGACGGACAGCCCAAAACCAACAAGACCACAGGCUUCAAGAUCAAUUUUUUGACAGAGCUGAACUCCACCAAGACGGUGGAUGGGAAGUCCACCUUCCUGCACAUUCUUGCCAAAUCAUUGAGCCAGCAUUUCCCUGAACUCUUGGGCUUUGCUCAGGACCUGCCCACUGUGCCCUUGGCUGCCAAAGUGAACCAACGAGCCUUGACUAGUGAUCUGGUUGACCUCCACGGCACCAUCAGUGAGAUACAGGCUGCCUGCCAGAGCAUGUCCCCCUCCAAUGAGGACAAGUUUGCUGUCGUCAUGGCAUCCUUUCUGGAGACAGCCCAGCCAGCACUUCGGGCACUGGAUGGGCUGCAACGUGAGGCCAUGGAGGAGCUGAGCAAGGCACUGGCCUUCUUUGGGGAAGAUUCCAAGGCAACUACCUCUGAAGCAUUCUUUGGCAUCUUCGCAGAGUUCAUGAGCAAGUUUGAGCGAGCACUCAGCGACUUGCAGGCCGGAGAAGGCCCACGCAGCUCUGGGAUGGUUUCUCCCCUGGCCUGGUGA